AUGUCGACACCGCUGAUCGAAAAUCCUGCUUACACCACUGCUCCAUUCAACUUCACUCGCCCCUUAAGAAAUAAUAUUUUUAUUGGCAGAAAGCAGGAUCACGAGACCAUCGGAUCUUAUGUGAAAAAAUUGCAAUCCAUAGCCGAUGCUCUAGCAGAAAUCAACAGUCAUGUAUCAGAUCAAGAUUUGGUUUUGCAACUUCUUGCUGGUUUGCCUUCUCAAUAUUCGCCUUACCAGGACACAAUCUCAUCUCAGUUUCCCCUCCCCGAUUUUUCAAAGGCUUGUUCCUUGCUUUACAUGUACGAAACAUUAUUGCAAGAGCAAGAAACAACAAAUCCUUCUAGUAGUGAGGAGGGAAAUUAUAAUAAAGAGACAUCUGAUAAGUUCCUUGAUAUGCUUAGUUCAGUGAGUAGUGUGGUUUCAACUGCAUAUGGCCUUUGGAAUAUGUUUGGAACUUCAUCAAAUAAGAAAUAUUAUAGAAAAAGACCUAAUGGGGGAGGGGGAAACUAUAGGAGAGGCCCUUCUACCGGCGUUUUUCGCAAUUCUGGUAGAGGUAAUUCAUCAACGCUUCGAUCGAAGUAG